GGCGCAGGUCGCUCUGCCGUGAGCGCCCCGCCCCCUUCUUCUUCCCUUUCGCCGAAAGAUGGCGGCCGCCGUCGUGGGGCCUGGCCCGGCCGCCGAGGAGCUGAGCCUGCUGGAGAAGUCCCUGGGCUUGAAGAAGGGGAACAAGUACAGCGGGCAAGGAGAGCGGAAGGUGAAGAGGAACCGGGGGUGCCGGGCAGGGCAAGGGGGGCUGGCGGUGAAUGGAGGGAGGGAGGAGCUGGCUGCCUCCGCCUGGCAGACCGACGCGCGUUGGAAUGGAGAUUCUCCUCAGAACUGGCUUGGAAGGGGGAUCCCCAAGGCUCAUCUAGUCCAGCCCCCUCUGACAGAUGGUACUAUGAACUGGGCCGGUGCCAGGAUGUUUUGUAGCUCUCUAGGCAAAGCUAACUGCUUCACAAAAUAAUAAUAAUUGCUAACUUCGCAGGUGUCUCGUGGGGGGGGAGGACCCGAAAAGUACAACGCUUGAAACUGCUAAAUUAGCAAAAUUAAGUAACCUGACUAUAUAUAUAUAUAUAAUUUUUAUUUAUUUUCCAUUUAAUAAUAUAAAUUCACAUCAUUAUUAUCCACUUUACCUCCCUAGCUCUUUAGAUCCUAUCGACUUCCUUCCCUCCCGGCUCAUGGCUUUCAAAAUGAACCUUUAUAUCAUUGCAAUUUGCACGUUUUCCAAUUCUAAUUAAACUCAUUACAAAAUGGCUCAAAUUUUAAAUAAAUAUAGAAAGGUAGAAAAAUUCUCAUUGCAAGUCUUCAGGCAACCCUACUGAUGAUGUUAAUUGCUUACAAUAAUCCUUCAGAUAUCGUAUAAAUUUACUCCAGUCCUUUUGGGAAUACUUGAUCAUGCUGGUUUCGGAUUUUUCCUGUCAGCUUUGCCUGUUCUGCAAAGUUAACCUGACAAUAUUUGAUUGCCUUUCUCAAGUGCAAAAGAAAACGCUAAGGCAUGAUAACACAGGCGCUGGUUAUUAGCAGUUUAUUUGGGGGCUGCGAUUUGCACCCACCUCACUGAGCAUGAUGGGACUUGCUUUCUGCCCGGACGUGCACGAGGUUGCGCUGGAAAUGUUGUCAGAGGCUCUGCCCGCUCUCCCGUUGCCAUUCAUUUUAAAUAAAAACUAAUCUACACGAUCUUAAAUCUAUACAUGAGCACCAAUGGAUGACUUCUCAUGCACCUUUCUCUUAACGGCUUCCUUCUCUUCACUGGGACAUAAAAAAACAACAACAUGUUUCUGUUGUAUGGCUAGGCCUUAAGAAAACGUCUCAGCUUCUGAUGUUACUACUUUGGAAAUGAAACAUUGCUUUUGGGCUGUGUCUGUGGAUUGAUUCUCUCCAGGUUGGCUUCUUUGGAAAAGGGAGUGAACGGGUGUGGGUUAUUGAUACACAUUCAUCAGAUCUGAGUACUGCAGUUAACAAUUCCAUUGAAGAGAGGGAGUGUUUUAAAUGUUGGAACACUCUUAUAUUGGAGAAAAUGUGGUCUUUUGUGAACCCUUCUCCAAAAUAUGUUAGGUUGUUUUUAGUAAAUUAUCUCAAACUUUCAUGUGCAUACUGAAAUGGUUCUUUCUGGGCAACCCUUAACCAUGUGGUGGUGCUGGAUGCAUAUGAACUUGAACGUGGUUCUCGCCGAUAACCCAUGAAUGCUCCUAAAAUAAUAAUAAAUAACAAUAAUAAUUUUAUUAUUUAUACUCUGCCCAUCUGGCUGGGUUUUCCCAGCCACUCUGGGUGGCUCCCAACAGAAUAUUAAAAACACGAUAAAACAUCGAACAUUAAAAACUUCCCUAAACAGGGCCUUCAGGUGUCUUCUAAAAGUCAGAUAGUUGUUUAUUUCCUUGACAUCUGAAGGGAGGGCGUUCCACAGGGUGGGUGCCACUACCGGGAAGGCGCUCUGCCUGGUUCCCCAUUACUUAUUUUGUAGGAAAUCAAUAGCUGAAAUACUCCAUAUUGAACCCACUAGUAUUUGAAAUAUUAUGAAGUAAGGCUUUGGGUCCCCUUGGUGUUCUUUCUCUGUUCAGUUUUUCAGCUUUCUUUGUGUGGGUGUGUUCUGCUCAAAAUGAUAAAAACAAAAACCAUGUGUAGAGGGUUAUAAAACCGCAUUUCUUCCUGUAAUCACUUGAGUCUAGUCUUAAUUCAUUUAUUAAAUGGGAUUAAUUUCCAAUAAAUUUAGUUGGAUUUUUAUUUCAUACAAGGUAGCUUUUCUUUUAUAAAAUGGAGUUUGACAAGAUGCCUUGCAGCAGAAGUUCAAAUCUUGUUCUACAUCCGAAUAACUGAAUUGGCUUGAAUUCCUUCUCUUAGACUCCUGUACUACAGAUGAACAAUGGCCCCAGUCUGACAGGACUGACAACUAUAGCGAUCCAUCUAGUCAAACAAGCAAAGAAGGAACAGCUGCUUGGGAGCACCACAGAAGAGAAAGCAAUAGUUCAGCAGUGGUUAGAAUACAGAGUAACGCAAGUAGAUAAACAGUCCAGUAAAGAAGAUAUUCGACUAAUUUUGAAGGUAAGAGUAACAAUUUCUCACACUGUAAGUUUGGAUCUCAAGGUAGCAUAAUUGCUGGGUUGUUUCCAAUAAAGUUUUACUCAGAGUAGACCCAUUGAAAUUAGCAGUGUUCUUUUUUUUCUUUUUGCAAUAUGGACUGAAUUUAACUAGUGGCAGUUCAUAUAUAAUAUCUCUUAAUUAUUCAUGGUAGUUGAUUAUCCCAUUGAAAUCAAUGGGAUUUAAAUGCGUGUAGCUUCGGCUGCACAAUGCUCUGUGCUUAGUACCAAAUUUUCAGUCUGAUUUUACUGUUGGUCUAAUUCUUAGUUAUUGUGUGACUGUCCUCUUGAAAAGAGCUGUCAUUCACUGGUAACCAGUGGAGGCUGCCCAUUGGAACCAGGAGACAGACCAACAAUAGGUAGGGCCAGAGUCAAUAGCAGCCGGAGUCAACUAGUUCUGGUUGUGUCCCCAUCCUCCUCUUUGUUGAAUUCUGCAAAGGUAGCACUGAGACGAGAAGGAAGCUGACAGCCAAGGCCACCCCCUGAACUCAUUGUAAAGAAGGAAGGAGGCAGGUGGGGACUGGUGGAGAGCAGUCUGAACUUGGUGAGGCAUUGCCCCAUUAACCCUUAUGAAUCAUCCUCCACUACUUUUCUUCCAUCCUUAGUUCACAGCAACUAUUCUGAGUAAGGAUACAUUAUUCCUAUAUAUUAUAAGGAACUGUUGGGAGAGGAAUGGAACAACAAUUUUCACUCUGUAUUUUCAGUCCCUAUCUGCUUUGGCACCCUGAGUCAGCAUUGAGCAGAGUGGAAGAACUGGUUGAGGAGUUGGGAGACUUGCCCAGACUACAUAUUCAAUUACUAUGAUUGUGCAUACAUAUAAGCCUAUCAGUUGUGGUGACAGUAUGUGGAAGAGUGUAUUUUAAGUAUUUCUUUUUUUCUGAAGUGCAUUCAUUUUGUUUCUUUCUAGGACCUGAAUUCAUACCUUGAAGACAAAGUCUAUAUUACAGGACACAAUUUUACUUUAGCAGAUAUUUUACUGUACUAUGGACUGCACCACAUCAUAGUGAGUACAAGCUUGUUACAGAUUUGGUUGGGAGAUGCCUUUCUUUUUUCAAAAUUUGAUUUCCGUUCCUCUGUCAAUAGUAACUUCAAAAGAAAAGGGCCAUAACGUUUCAAGGGUUUUUCCAUUAUGUUAGUGUAGAAUAGAAAAAUGUUUGGUGUUUUCCUGACCAUAUUUCCAUAAUAUCAAGGUUAUCUGUAUCCUAUACAUCUGGAGCAUGAAAGCAACGAAUUGGGGUUCUUCCCUCCAUCUCUAAUACUGCAGGGUGGAAUGGGGGCAAAGGACCAGUCCAGGGUCAUCCAUCUGGAAGUAGUUUACUCCCGCCCCCCCCCCUUAACCUUUGAAAAUGCUGUUUCCAUAUUUUGCAGCUAUUACAUCAGCAAAUAGAACAAUAAGCACAGAAUAAAUUGUAUUAUUUGAAUACUGGGGGUGGCAAAGUUAACAUAAGUAACAUAUCUUGGGUUAGGCCCAGUUUAUGUGAUAGCAGAACAGAUGAAACCAGAACAAUAAAAGAACUCAUGGUUUUUUGUUGUUGCAUAGGACAGAGGAUUGGAUCAUGGUGAUAAACUAGUGAAGAAUCUUAUUUAGUAUGAAAUCAAAUGAAUGAGCCAUACUUCCACAAUUCAAAUUUUGAGACCUGAUUUAACAGGUUAAUAGACACUAUAUAUUGCUGUUAAUCAUAAUAUGUGAAACUUAUCUUUUCUUCCAUUAUUUAGGCUGACCUUACAGUGCAGGAGAAGGAGAAAUACCUUAACGUCUCUCGUUGGUUUAAUCAUAUUCAGCAUUAUCCAGGUAUCCGGCAACAUCUGUCUAGCAUAGUCUUCAUCAAGAACAGACUCUAUAAUACACAUUAAGUGCUGUGUUAGGAUUUCCUAGGAAGUGAAAAACGUCUUUUAGAACGACUAAUGUGCAAGCCUUGGUUUCUGCCAUUUCCAUAUGUGAAGCUGAACAGUUGGUGCCUAAAGUAAUAAAGUUGCAUUGAGUAGCUGUCUAGAAAUAUGGACUUCAUUAAAACAGUUGUUUUGGCAAAUUUCAACAAGUGAAAUGUGAAUCAAGCUUCUUAAAGUAGAACAUUUAUUUUAACCAUACAGAUACAUAGGAACUUAGCUUUUAUCGUAUGGAAACGUAUAGAACUUUUACUGCAAUAUGUCAGCUGUGCUAUUGGUCUGAAUUGUAUCAUGCAUAGUACUCCCUUGUAUUUUUCUCCUAUGAAUGUUUACACUUGUUUUGUAAAAAGUUACUAUGAAAAAAUAUAUUGUGCCAAUAAUUUUGAAGCAGAAGCCAAAUGUAUUGGUAGCAAAUCAUAUUUAUGUGAUAAAUUAUUUUAAAAGCC